AUGUUUGGGGAUCCAACUGUAAACUAAAAUUAAGAUAAAACUGCAGAAAAAAUAUGCAAUGAUGAGAAACUAGAUACUGCGGAAAUUAAUACUCAAAAAAUAUCUGAUAAUGCAAUAAUUCAAAUUGAUUAAGAAAAAUAGACUAUAUAAAGCAACAAAAUUUAAGAUGACAAAUAUGCAAGUUAUUAGGAUGCUAAAUAAACUGAAAAUCCUGAUAUUCAAAAUGACUAUAUCACUCCCAAUCCAAUUGACACAGACUCUGCUUUAGCUAAUUCUUAAAAGGAGGAAAAAUCCUUUUUUACUAUUUAAAAGAGCAAUAAAGACUAUUAAAAUGCAUGGAAGAACAAAAUCUAGAAAACCUCAUCUCAAAAUAAUAAGCCUGAAUUGGAUUAAAGAGCUAUAUAAUUCAAAAUGCAAGAGGAAUAACUUCUAUAGCAAAGAUAAAAAUAGUAUAAUCUUGAACUCUAAUAGAUUGAUGAUUUUUUCAUUAGCGGUCUGUAAUUGCAAGAGUCAAGCAUGAGCAAGUAAAAAUCAUCUAAAGAGCAAGAUAAUAGCUAGUAAAGUUGGAUGAAUAAAUAAAAUGCUUAAGCAAUGGACAGAUGGAAGGAUGUAGAUCUGUUCAACAUAGAAGAUGAUGAAGAUGAUCCCAGCAAUGAGGGAAAAUAAGAAUCAUUUGCUCAUCAAAAGGAAAAUUAAUAUCUUGAAGUUAAAUAAGACCUGCAAAAUCAAACUAUGUUGAAUAUAGAAAGUAAAGAAUUUCACAAGUAGUCAGAUAAAGCGAAAGAUAGCUGCUUAAAUCUUGCCGAUGCCUACAAAGUUUUAUGCGAUAUCGACUAGCAAGCUCAAAUGAAUGAGAUGAUAACUUUGUAAAAAUAGUAUGAUGAAGAUUAUGGUUAAGAGGUAUAAGAAUAAUUUUAAUAAGAGAAAAAUGGCUCUGCUUAUGACUAAAAUUAUAAAAAAUCUCAGAAAUAGUCUUAAAAAACUUAAAAGUAGAAUACAAUUGACAAUGAAUUGCACUAAUAAUUUUCAGCUCAUAAUUAAAAAAUCUUUGAUAAAGAAAGCUAAUAUAAAUAAAUCAACAACAAUUCUCUUUCUUCUUCCCACUAGCAUAAUAACAAUAUAUCAAAUCAAAAUUAGAAUGCUUAAAGGCAUCAGAAAACUAAUAGGAAUCAAAAUAGCAAUCAGUAUGUUGAGCAAAAAAGCAGUGGCAAUCCUAUAGAUCAUUUUGAAAAUGAUUUGUCUCGAAAUUUCCCGAUGAGACCUAGAGAAAAAGAAUUGAGAUACUAAAUAUUAAGCUAAUUUUAAGAUUACAUAGUUCAGUUUUAUAUGAAAAAAGAUUCUCAGCAAAUCAAUUAAAAUCACUAAAUUACAGGUCUAAAAAAGGAGGACUAUAAUUUUUUCCUAACAUUUGUGGAAAAUUUACAAUACUUCAUGAAUUAGUAGAUUAAAGAACUUGCUCAAAUGAGAAAUUACUUUAGAAAUGAAUAGGUAAUCACAAAGAUUUUAACUGAAUAUCCAGUAUUGAAAGAGGAUAUUUUGAUUUACAUUAUGAAGAAACUUUAAGAUCCUAUUCUUUGCUACGAUUUAGUUUGUAUUGCUUUCAAGGAUUUUUAUGUCCCAGAUAUAUUAGAAAAUAGUCAAAAUUCUAAGAUAGAUAAUUGCAAAGGCUAAAAAAAUCAUUCAGGAAAACAUUAUUCUUAAGGAUAGAUAAGAAACCAGCAAUCAUAAUAAAACAAUAAUAAUAUUUAGAAUUAUUAGUAAUAAAACCUAAGCAAUACGUAAAAUCAUUAUGGUCAGAGUUAUGCAAAUAGUAAUUUAAACCAUUCUCAAAGCAAUAGUCAAUACUAUGGUCAACAACAGAAUUACUAGAGAGAUUAUUAUAAUAACAAUCAAGGGAGUAAUAGAUAAAGUCAUCUCUAAAAUGAUCAUAAUAUAAUUGAUCAAAGUUAACUGGUAGAUCAAAGUGAAAAGUCUUAUGAUCAUCAUAUUUUCUUCAAUAAGGCAUUGAUAAACUUGUUCAAAAAGAGAAUAGUUCCUAGGAAGGACAAUAAUGUUAUCCAAACUAUUUACGCGAGAAACUAAAAUCAUUUGCAAGAAUUAUUUGAUUAGAGAAGAUAAAUAAAGGAAUAAAUAUUUUACUCAUAGAUGAACAAUGAUUAGGAAUUAACGAAUAAAUUAUCAGCUAUCCUAUAUGGACACGAAGAAAAUUUAAAUAAGGAGAGACAAAGAACUUAAUUAGAGAUAUUUAACUACUUAAAUAACGAUGUUAAUCUUAUGAAUGAAAUUAUUGAUUUACAUGGAAUGCGAGCAUAAGAAGCAAAACUUAUAAUGAUUAGAAGGCUCAGGCAAAUCCAAUAUGAUCUUAAUUCUGGGAAAAUUAAUAAUAAUGUUGACUAGUAAAAUCAUAUAGUAAGGAUUAUUUGUGGGAGAGGUUCUCAUAGUAAUGGAACUCCUGUACUCAAAUAGCAAUGUCCUGAAUCAUUGAAUUACUUCGGAUAUGAGUUCCAUCUAGACUUUCAUGAUGGUGUUAUACUAGUGAGAUUCCGCACUCAAAAAAAUAAAAUGGGAAAAGAAACUCCUCAGCAAAAAAGAUGA